CCGUCUGGACCUGCUGAAGUCAUGAUCAAAGAUCACGUACAGUUUUUGCGUGUCUUCAGCAAAAUUCGAUUGUUUCCUAUCUUCCCUCACAAUUCAACGGCAAAUAGCGAUGGAUGGCUGCGCUAAAGGGGCGAAAACUAUGACCACAGAGAAGCGUAACGACAAUCUUCACAAGGCUUCCUCCAUUUUGUCUGUUGGCGCGAUUUUGUUGACGAUCGCGCUGUUUGUAAGAAUUGAGACAGUCGUCCAUGAUACGAAAAUAAUGGACUCAAAAUUCACACUGGAAAUUCAACAAAUCAAAGAUGCUCUGAAAGAGGAGAAAGAUACUCGCCAAGCUCGAGUGAAAGAGAACUUUGAUGCGCUCAGUGGCGUAAAAUACACGGCUAAAAUUGUCCGUCGCAGCUUGAAAACGAACCGCAGCGAUUCUGAUCUAGACGAAGCCGGCGCUGGUCUAAAGAGAUACGUGAAGUUGAUUGUUGCGGAGUCUGUAGAGUCUUACUGCCUCGCUCCAAAUAAAAUGUGCCUAGCUGGGCCCCCCGGACCAAAAGGAAAUCAAGGGAGUCGUGGUAAACGAGGGUCCAAAGGAACUAAGGGUAAAAAAGGAACGAAAGGUAUAAUGGGAAUGCCAGGUGAACCGGGUAAACAAGGAAUCAAGGGAGAUCUUGGAACCCCUGGAAUCAAAGGAGAGAAAGGUGACGUGGGAAUUCCGGGACAUCCGGGACCUAAAGGUGAUGCAGGGGAGUCAAUAUCUGUUCCAGAAGUGAUUGUAUCUCCUGCCUCACUUACUGUAACUCAGAACCAGACAGCCACGUUUUACUGCUCAGCUGAUGGUAAUCCAGAGCCUAGCGUAUCCUGGAGUAAACUAAGUGGAACAGGACUGGUGAAUACGGACGGUCAAGGCAAUAAGCUACAGAUGAAGAGUGCUGGUUACAAUGACUCGGGGAGUUAUGCUUGCACGGCUGCAAAUGUCUUGGGAGAAGUAAAGAAGGUGGUGAAACUUUUCGUUGAAGUUCCUCCACAGUUCAUUGAGACUCCUGACAGAGUUAUAAAAGUAACAGCAAAUUCACUUGCUUCGGUUUCCUGCCGAGCCUUUGGUUUUCCGCCGCCAACAAUUGUUUGGUCAAGAGGACUUGUGCCGUUACCGGGAGGUCGGACCGCUGUUGCCAAUGGUACACUGAAUAUCUCCAACUUUGGUCCUCAAGACGUUGGAACUUAUCUGUGUAAAGCUACCAACAAGCUGGGAUCCGUUGAGGCAUUGACAACCUUACGUUAUGUUCAGCCAGGAUUCUGGAUGGACUCCGCUAUCUUAACAGACAAUGCAUUUUAUCAAACUCGCCUUUAUGAGUUCCUGUCGCCUGCUAUUGGAAGCAACCCUCAGUGGGUGCUGUGUUACCGCGCCUCCACUCACGGCUGGAGUAUCAGUACAUUCCACAGCAAGUGUGAUGGGAAGCGUGACACGGUAACCAUCAUCAAAAAGGGACAGUACGUUUUUGGAGGAUACACUGAUAUAUCUUGGGAGUCCAGUGGUGGUUAUAGCUCGACUUCCAAUGCCUUCAUAUUUUCACUCCGCAACAAAGAGGGUCUUGGACCAUUUAAGAGCAUGGUCACAAGGGCUUCUCGUGCUAUUGAAAGGACCACAGUUCAUGGCCCAACAUUUGGAGGAGGACAUGACAUCUGCAUCAAUGACUAUGCAAACAGUAACAGUAACUCCUACACCAACUUUGGUGACUCUUACUCCGUUCCAAGUGGAGUACAAGAUAGGAAAACAAUCCUGGCUGGGUCUUACAAAUUCACACCUGUUGAGGUAGAAGUAUUCUAUCUUGGCUGAAUGAGAAAAUCAUCAAACUUUUUUGCGCAACACAUUGAAGCACGUUCAAUGUCGCGCACAGCACGCACAUGUUACGCACCUUUUGCCACUCCACUGCUCGGUGAUUGGCUCUUAGUGGUGGAAAAACUUGUGCAAACUUAAAAAAAUACUGAAGGGUCCAGUCUGUUAACUCUGUUUAUUGUCUUACAGCACUCGUAAAGCGACGAAAAUAAUUUUCUUUAAGGAACUUUAGACCUUCUUCGGAGGACAUAAUCUCGCCCAAUACGUCCAAGGGCACAUUUAAAAGCUCUACGUUGUACUUUCUCCCAGGUGUUUAGGUCUUCUUUAAGGUUCGGACGCCAAACUAGAGAACAUUCGGACGUACAAGGGUCUUAUAAAAUUUUGAAAACAAUUUAGGAUAUUGGACCCACUGUUCUUCUUAUAAAUCCAAGUACACUGCUAGUCUUAUUUGCAAAUUUGUUCACAUGCAAGCUCCAUGACAGAUUUGAAGUAAUGUGAAUUCCAAGGUCCUUGACUUCACAUACAGCUUUCAACUGGUUACCACAUAAAUGACAUUGCAGAGGGCUCAAAUUAUCAUUCUUUUUCAAAAUACUCAUCACUUCGCAUUUACCAGUGUUAAAUUCAUGGCUCCAAGAUUCCAGGCGAGUAAGAUAAUGCGAGUUAGAUAAUGUAAUAUGUAGUGUACAUGUAACUUCUCUUUUCAUUACACGAUUUUUGGUAUACUCGUUCAAUUCCGCAUGUUUUGCUCUGUAUGGAAUAUCCCACUUCUAAUACGAAUAGAUUGCUCUUAAUACAAAA